AGGAGGAAGGUGAGAGUUGUUCGGCUCCUAAUCCUCUUAACUGCGUUAUGCUGACCGUCGUCCAAGCCCUGACAUGCUGUGCGCCCUUGUAGCUCCCCAAAACCCUAGAGUCAGCAUCUCUGCGUCCGUUACGCACAGCUGGAGGGACGUGUGCAGCGGCGAGGGAGCAAGCAGCACGCGCUACAGUCCUUCCACAGGUUGCAGCUGCCUGCUGUAGAAGAUGAAACACACUGCGUCCGUGUGUGUGUGUCUUAUCCAUUGGCCACUGGCAUCAUCCCGCCACUUUACGGAGCUGAAACCAUCAAGGAAUACCAAUGCAUCUAACAUAACUUCCUGUUUGAAGUCGAGACCAUGAGAGCAAUGAAGGUGCACUCGCCUCCGAGGAGGAGAUUCAAGUGCAGUCGCCUCCUCUUCUUCAUCUCAGGUGUGCUGCUGUGCCUCGUCUACACGCUGACUCUGAGGGCAAGGCUGUCAGAGCCUCGAGCCUCCGCCCAGAGGGACCACACUCUCAGAGCAGAGGUGGAUGGUGAUGGUGAUGAUGUUGUGGAAGUCAACAUUCGGGAGGUGAUGGGGUUCAAUGAGACGGAGGAGGAGGUUGUCCCACUUGAUAGCACCAAACCUCCUCCGGUGAUAGUUGUCAACAGAACAGAUAUCCAACAGUGUAUCUACGUAGAUCCUCAACCUCCCAAACCUCCACCGACUCAACCACCACCAACCACCCCUCACCCCGCUGGGCAGCCCCCUCAAAGGAAGGGCGAUUUUCCAACGGACAUCUUCACAGUGGAGCAGCGGCGGCAGGGCUGGGUGGUCAUGCACCUCAUAGGCAUGAUCUACAUGUUUGUCGCCCUGGCCAUCGUCUGUGAUGAGUUCUUUGUUCCCGGGCUGGAGGUCAUCACCAUCAAGCUAGAGAUCUCUGAUGACGUUGCAGGGGCAACCUUCAUGGCGGCUGGAGGCUCUGCACCCGAGCUCUUCACCUCCCUUAUCGGAGUCUUUAUCUCCCACAGCAACGUGGGCAUUGGCACCAUCGUGGGCUCAGCGGUCUUCAACAUCCUGUUUGUGAUCGGCAUGUGCGCCAUCUUCUCCCGGGAGAUGCUGCACCUGACCUGGUGGCCGCUCUUCAGAGACGUGACCUUUUACAUCAUGGACCUCAUCAUGCUCAUCGUGUUCUUCCUGGACAACAUGAUCCUGUGGUGGGAGAGCAUGCUGCUGGUCCUGGGCUACAUCAGCUACGUGGGCUUCAUGAAGUUCAACAGUCAGAUCGAGCAUGCGGUGAAGAGUCAGAUCAACAAGCACAUGAGUAUCGUCAAGGUGUGGACCGCAGAGGAACCAGAAAAGGAGAGUGAAGCUCCACCAGCACCUGCUGCUGCUCCUCCUGCACUAAAAGCUGAAGAAGAGUCCAAACGAGAACCUGAACCUCCCCCCAUCACACCUCAACGUAACCAACCACCAUCAGACGCCCAAGAGGACAAAGCAAGGCUCAGGGUGCGUCCCAUCCUGCAGCGAGGCGGCAGCUCGGCUUCCCUCCACAACACGUCGCUGAGGAGCACUAUCUUUCAGCUGAUGAUCCACACGCUGGACCCUCUGAGAGAAGAUGCUGAUCAGAAGCUAACUGAGCUAGCCACUGAUGCUAAUGAAGCUGCUGGAGCACCAAAGGGAGCUUCAGCUGAGCCGUCUACCUCACAGCCCCAAAAGGCCGAAGAGGCGACUGGAAAGACGACUGACCUGCCAGACGAGUCAAAGGCAGCAGCAGGGGGGUCAGAAGGCUCUCAGGGCAGCAGUGAGGAUGAGUGUGAUGACGAGGGAAGUGAAGACUCUGAUGAGAGUGAAGGUGAUGACCUCGAUGAUGAGGAAAAGAAGGAGGAGGAAGAAGAGGAAGAGACUGAACCGCUGUCUUUAAUGUGGCCCGACACCAGACGCAAGCAGGCCACCUACCUGUUCCUGCUGCCCAUCGUGUUCCCGCUGUGGCUCACGCUGCCCGACGUCCGCAACCUGGCGUCCAGGCGGUAUUUUGCCAUGACGUUCAUCGGCUCCAUCCUGUGGAUCGGAGUUUUCUCCUACCUGAUGGUGUGGUGGGCUCAUCAGGUGGGAGAGACUGUAGGCAUCUCGGAGGAGAUCAUGGGUCUCACCAUCCUGGCAGCCGGGACGUCCAUCCCUGACCUGAUCACCAGUGUGAUCGUGGCUCGGAAAGGUCUGGGGGACAUGGCCGUGUCUAGCUCAGUGGGCAGUAACAUCUUCGACAUCACUAUAGGCCUGCCGGUGCCGUGGCUCAUAUACACUGUGUUACACAAUGGCGAGCCGGUGACCGUCAGCUCAAACGGCCUGUUCUGUGCCAUCGUGCUGCUCUUCAUCAUGCUCCUCUUCGUCAUCAUCUCCAUCGCCGUGUGUCGCUGGAAGAUGAGCAAGAUGUUGGGUUUCACCAUGUUCGCUCUGUACUUUGUGUUCCUCGUGCUCAGCAUCCUGCUGGAGGAUCGCAUUCUCAUCUGCCCCAUCUCAAUCUGAAGCACCGCCACACAUGACGUAGAAUAUGCAGACUGGAUCAGUACUAUACCGAGGGUGUGUUACAUAGAAAAAGCCAGCCUGAUGUCAAGAGCUGAGCUGGUGCACAGUAGCCACAUUGUAGAAACAGUAAAAGAGCAGUAAUAAUGAAGAAAACAAUCCACCCUCAACAUAGUUUAGCAUCAUACGUCUGCAACAUUCACCAAUAUUGAGCAGCUACCUUUCUGUCCCCACUUUAUUUUAGUGUUUGAAACUAACGGAAGCCCAGACGGCCAUGUUUCAAACAACUGAUGGAUUUUAUUACAUUUUACAAAAUAAAUCAAAAGUUAUUUGUCAUUAUCUUGAAAUUAAAAAAAAAACAUGUUUUGAGUUACAUUUCAAGCUCUACACAUAUUAUACACAACACCUGUUAACAUGUAUUAACAUCAUAUGCCAACAAGCAUCUGUGAUUGUGUGUGCAAAAAGAAGAAACUAUGGUGAACUUCCUCUUUAAGUUUACUCAAUUAAACUAGCCACUGGACUCUGUCAUCUCCUGUUCCUGCGUGUUACGGUGUAGAAACGAGUCCUUUGACUAAAAAUGUACUGUAUGUAAGAAUAUGAAACUUUGGGGCAACAAAAUAACAGUGUUAGAUAGGAUUCAGAUGCAUUUACUGAUACAAGUUAGAACUCCACUGUAGCAGCUGGAUAUAUUUGGAUGUGACUGCUCAAUUAUCUACAAAGAAAAUACUAAUUCACAAUCAAAUUGUACCAGAAAUGAAUUCAAAACAGAACAUCAUUUUAUCGAGGUGUGUAAGAGUUUGUGUGCGUAGUGUUUCUCCAAUGUUGUUAUCAUAAUGCUGCAGUGACUUGAAGAGAUGAAUCAAUCCGUUACAGCAGUGAGGGUCUCUUUAAACCUGCUGGAUGCAACUUCAUUGUGUAUGUUUAGUCUUCUCUCUAAAACUGUGCUGUAUUCAUUGUUUGUUCCGUGUAGAAAAUAAUGUUUUGUGUGAAGAGAUCUUUCAUGUUGUAAAGACCAUCCUGCGGUGGGGAGAAACAGUGAUUGUGUAUGGGACUGUCUUAGAUGUGAGAAAAAACCCUGAGGCGUCAAGUUGUCAGGAGCUACCGUCUUGUUAAACUCUGUUGUUGGAUUGAAGUGGAUGCAAACAUGUGUUAUUGAUAAGAAAACUAUCAGUAUUUAAAACUAAAAUGUCAUGCUGCAAUAAAUUAU